GAUCUUUGAUGAAUUAAUAAAUUAGCUAAACUUAAUAGGUAAGCAAAUAUGAACCAACUUCCCAACCAACCCUCAAAGAAAAACAGUACCAAAAAUUUCAACAUGAUGUCAAACUAUGACCCCCAUGACAUUAACGCUGAGUACGAAGCCGUGGGUGCUGACCUGCGUGAAAUGGUCACUAGUGCCUUCACCAUGGCGAAGAAGCCCUUUGACCCUGAAUAUCUUGACCAACUUGAUAAGAUGUAUAUAGAAAAUGAGAACUUGAUGCUCUUCCCGAACUAAAUUCACUAAUUUAGGAUCUUCAC